UAUGCAAAAUUAGUAAAAUAUAAUCUUAAGGUUUAAGCAAACAGCAGGACGGCAAGGAUAUUACCUUUCGUUGAUUCCAUUCCAAGCUUUCUGUGCAACCUCUUUGAAGGCUAUUCUCUCGUACAGUUUGUAGUAUCCCAGUACACUAACCUUAGCGCGAAAGUGAAACACCUAGCAACGUAUACGAAUCCUGCGAGUGCUCCGUGCUCAAAGCUCAUAAAUCAUACAAUUUUCUUCAAAUUAUCAGUUAAGCUACCAAGUGCGGGCAAUUCGCGGCUUCAGAUAAUCUCGCGAAGCCGGUCUACUACCCCGGGAGUGCUUUCCGUUGUGUCAACUUCCGUUGCAAGCAAGUGUGUGACAUUCGACAGUAGUGCGGUGGUGAAACGUGGCAUUGAUUUAUGGAAUGAUGAGUAACGAUUGACGGAAAACGAUGUAAACGUCUGUUCCGUGUUACAACUGCGGUCAAAUUGGUGUAUCCGGCACCCCUGGGAACGCGACUAACAAAACGCAAAAAAUCACUAUGGUGUCGGUCGUUGUUCCCGCUUUCUGUUCUAACCGUGCCCGGUGUAUUGAUUGCGUGUAAAUCGGCAUCGUAAGCUUUUGCGCACAAAAAGAGAAACUCACAAGCCAGCAAGCACUGCCACAGGAUGGGUGACUUCGGAUCAGAUAGUGACGACAGCGACGGUGAGGGAGGACUUGGAAAUGUGAGUCGUGUAAUCGUUCGACCCCCAGGACACAGUGGCAAAGCGAAACGGGGCCACCUGUGCUUCGAUGCGGCGUUCGAAACGGGCAACCUCGGGCGGGUCGACCUAGUAGGCGAGUUCGAGUACGAUCUGUUCCUGCGGCCGGACACGUGCAAUCCGCGGUACCGCUUCUGGUUCAACUUCACCGUGGACAACGUGAAGCAGGACCAGCGCGUCAUCUUCAACAUCGUCAACAUGAACAAGAGCCGCAACCUGUUCAAGGACGGCAUGACGCCGCUGGUAAAGUCGACCAGCCGGCCCAAAUGGCAGCGGCUGCCCCGGUGCGAGGUGUUCUACUACAAGUCGCCGGUGCACCAGAACCACUACGUGCUGAGCUUCGCGUUCGGGUUCGACAAGGAGGACGAGGUGUACCAGUUCGCGCUUACCUUUCCCUACUCCUACUCCAAGAUGCAGGCGUACCUGAACGCGGUCGAGCUGAAGUUUCCGGAAGCGUUCGAGCGGUCCUCGCUCGGCAUGAGCAUCCAAAAUCGCAAACUCGAGCUGAUCACGUUCGACGACGUGAAGAAACCGGACAAGAUGGACCCGAAGAACGUGAUCCACAUGGUCGUCAUACUGGCGCGCAUACAUCCGGGCGAGUCGCCCGCGUCGUACGUGGUGCAGGGGCUGAUCGAGUUUCUGGCCGCCGCCAACCAGCCCAUCUCGAAGGCGCUGCGCGAGCACGUGGUGUUCAAGAUCGUGCCGAUGCUCAAUCCGGACGGCGUGUUCCUCGGCAACAACCGGUGCAACGUGAUCGGGCACGAUCUGAACCGCUCGUGGAACCGGCUGUCCCAGUACACGCACCCCACCCUAUCGGCUGUGAUGAAGAUGUUGAAGGAGUAUGACAAUUCCAGUUGCUAUCAGGUGGACUUUGUGAUCGAUCUGCACGCCCACUCCAGCCUGACCGGGACGUUCAUCUACGGCAGCACGUACGACAACGUGUACCGGUACGAGCGGCAUCUCGUCUUCCCGAAGCUGUUUGCGACCAAGUGCGAGGACUUCUGCCAGGAGCACAUGAUGUUCAACGCGGACGACCGGAAGUCGGGCACGGCGCGGCGCUACUUUGUCGAUGCGCUCAGCGACAACGUCAACACGUACACGCUGGAGGUGUCGAUGUGCGGGUACUUCCUGAACGGGACCAACAUUCUCACCCAGUACACGGAGGAUGGGUACAUGCGAAUCGGAAGAAACCUCGCCCGCACGUUUCUGGAGUAUUACCGGUUUACCAACAUUCUGCCCAUCCCACCCGUCGACGAGCUGCGGCCGCGCAAGGGCCGGCCACGGACGCACCGCCCGCGGGCACGGUCGAAAACGCGCAGCGAGGUGCGGGUGCGCCCCAAGACGACCCGCGCGUACGCACCGAUCAGCUACACGGACCUGUCCAUCUGCUACGACAGUGCCACCUCGGAGGAUGGGUCGCCGGUGCGGUACAUGUACGGCCAUCCAGGGCACGGCGGAGGUGGUGGUGGACUGCGGAUGCGGCCCCACAUCCACCAGGACCAGUUUUCGCUGUCCAACAUACAGGCGGCCCGGUUCAGCAAUCUCGACUUUUCCAGCGACUUCCGGCUAAAGGUGGGCAAAGGCAAGGGACAGGUGGGGUCGAACGCGCCGGAACCGAAGAUGCCACCGAUCGAGAUGCUGAGCGUGCCGCCGAAACCGCACCUCACGAUCAUCGACUUUAACCAGCUGACGCGCGGCGGCCUGGAGGAGGCCACGGCCGGCAAGACGCUCGAGCGGGAGAAGGAAAAGAUCCGCCGGCACACGGUCAAAUCGUCCUCGCGCAAGGCCUAG